AUGGAGCAAUUCUGCAAGACAGUGGUUCCUAGCUUUCUCACCAAACUGUGGAUGUUAGUCGACGACGCUGACUUGGACCGCGUAAUUCGCUGGAGCAAGGAUGGUCAAAGCUUUCAAAUUGUGAAUAAAGAAGCCUUUUCCGAAGCAGUACUACCAAAACACUUCAAACAUAACAAAAUGGCCAGCUUUAUACGACAACUCAAUAUGUAUGGUUUCCGAAAGGUGAUUCCACAACAGACUGAAAAGACUAGUGAGGAGAACAAAGUAUGUAUGGAAUUUCAGCAUCCAUUUUUCAAAAAAGGAGGCUCCAGUCUCCUUGGAAACAUUAAGCGAAAGGUGCCUGUGUCAAAAAUUGAAGAUGCCAACCUCUACUCUGAUGACUUUCAGAAAGUUGUGACUGAAAUGCAAGAGUUUAAAGACAAGCAGGACAACAUGGAUACCUUAUACGCACAAAUGAAACAGGACUAUUCAGACUUAUGUAUUGAAGUUACAAACCUAAGAAAGAAGUACUCUGAGCAACAGCAGCUGUUGACCCAGGUACUCCAUUUUAUCUUUGAGUCUAUGACUGGAAACCAUACAGCACUAAAAAAGAGGAAAAGGUCAUUACCAUUCAUAACUGGAGCUUCAGAUUCUGAACGGGAUCAUCAGGAUUUCCAUAUUCCAGAGGAAAUGCAGAAGGAAGCUAUGGAGAUAUUAAAAGAUGGUUAUGAAUUUGUUGAAGACAAAUAUAAAAAUCUCCUUGAUAGAGUCUCACCAAUUUGGAGAAAUUCCAAAAAGCUAAUUUCAUCUGUAGACCAGCCAAGUGGAGAUGAUGGAAAACAUCCUAAUGCAUCACUUCAGAAUAUACCUAUGAAUGAUCAUUCACUGACCUUUCCGUUAGAAUUGACCAUGCCAUCUUUACAAGACCAAAUAAUUGAGGAAGCCUCUGAGCAGGAACCUAAGAAUAUUUCUUCAGAAUUAGUUCUUUCUUCUCAGGAUUCAAUUUUGAUCAACAAUGAAUCAGACAUUCUGUGUAACAGUGUAAUCAACAGUGAUAAAACGAAUACACAGCAUACUGAAGAGAAUUUCGUAGAGCUAAAUUCAUUACUAUCAGUGAAGACAGUGAAUUAUGACUUUGAUCACCUUAGUGAGGGUCUAAGUUUAAUGAGAAAUGAAGAAGAGAGAAGUCUGCUUGACACCAAUGGGGAAAAAGACGAACAGGUGAUGCAAUGCAAGGAAAACUCCCAGCUUUCGCUAUUAGACGAGACACCAAUAUUUGAUUUUGGAGAAAAUCUUCAAGAUUCUAACACCCUUUUGGAUGAUCUGAACAACCCAUCAAAUGUCUUACCAACAUUAUAUAACCGUGAAUUUGUAACUCUGGAUAUUUCUGCUAUACAAGAAGAUACUGCAAAUACUAUUGAAAAUGCUGUUCCCCAGUUCUGUAUGGAAGGCAGUGGGGAAUCCGAUGUAUCCCCUUUUCUCUACUUCGAUCCUGUUUCUAAUAUGUUUUGA